CCUCUUCUUUUCUUUGUAUACUCUUUUUCCUUUGAACUCAUUGCUAAUAAAAACAAAAAACAAAAACAAACAAAAAGAACAUGGCCAGCAUUCUACAGUCACUCCUCGACUGGCUCCGUAGCCUCUUCUUCAAGACUGAAAUGGAGCUGACAUUAGUCGGUCUUCAAAACAGUGGAAAAACCACUCUAGUGAACGUAAUUGCAUCGGGUCAGUUUAUUGAGGAUUCCAUUCCUACCGUGGGUUUCAACAUGCGCAAAGUAACAAAAGGAAAUGUAACAAUGAAGCUCUGGGAUAUUGGAGGGCAACCUCGGUUCAGGAGCAUGUGGGAAAGAUAUUGUAGAGGAGUCAACUCUAUUGUAUUUGUGGUGGAUGCGGCUGAUCACGAUAAACUCGAGAUAGCACACAACGAACUUAAGAGUCUGUUGGAGAAACCCCAGCUUGCUAAUAUUCCUGUAUUGGUCCUGGGCAACAAGAAUGAUCUUCCCGAUGCCUUGACUGCUGAACAACUUAUCGAUGUCUUACAACUCAAACUGAUCACUAACAGAGAAGUAUCCUGCUAUUCGAUCUCUGCCAAGAACCAAGUUAAUAUCGAUUAUACUCUUCAGUGGUUGAUCAAGAAAGGAAAGGGUCAAAAGUAACUUUUGUGUAUCAAAAAAAUCCCGUGUUAUUUAUUCUAUCUUAUUCUCUCCUUCUUCCUUUUAUUUUCUUGUCAUCCCACUUGCAUCCUAUUGUGCGUAUACCACCCCUUCCAAAAAAAAAAAGAACAAAUUCUAUUCUCACCUU